AUGGCCCUCGUCGCCACCGUCGCCAUCGCCCUCAUCUACUUCGGCAUCUUCGACCGCGUGGAGGUGUCUACCGGGGCGCCGCCCUUCGCCUUCGCCGGCGCCCAGCUGGCGUACAAGAUCGGCAAGGGCAAGCCCGGCGACUCGGGCGCCCUCUUCACCGAGGUGUGCUCCAUCGUGCCGCGCAAGACCACCCUGGGCAUGUUCCUCGAGUUGGAGGAGGCCACCGAGCCGGAGCAGCCGAUCAGCGAGCGGCGGACGCGGGCCACCACCUUCCGGCCGACCUUCAACCCUGCCGCCGACGACUGCCACUACCUGGUGGGCGUUAUCACCACCGACAGCGCCGGCCAGGAGGUGGUCACCGAGGCGGACCGCGCCCUGCUCACCGAGAAGGGCUUCAAGUUUGCGACGCUGCCCGGCUCGGAGAACGUCGUCUUCAGCAAGUUCCCCUACCGCGGCAUCGUCUCGGUGGUGGUCGGCCUGCGCCGCGUCUACCCCUCGCUGCUGAAGUACAUUACCGAGCACCGCCUCUGUGCAUAUCCCGCGCUGGAGAUCUACGACCGCGACACCAUCUACUACGUCCUUCCGCUCUCACAGCAGAGCCAGUUUGUGGCGCUCUUUGAGACCGCAGAGGCAGGCAAUCAAGAAGAGGAGGAUGAGGACCAAGAGUCAGGGGAUGAGGACGAUGACACCGAGAUCGACGAGGAGGCCUACGGCGAGGAGGCGGACGGGGAUGACGACUCUGAGGCGGCCAACUCUUUCUCCUCCUUCGAGGAGCUCUAG